AUAGAGAGUGAGGUAGUUGCUUGUGGCGGGUGAGCGAGCAGCGUUUCUCUCACAGUAAAAUCGUUGCUGUUGUUUUAUUACAUUUCACCUCGAAAAACCUUCGUGUCUCGUGUUAGAGCUGAAAACCGGGUGUAUAGAAGAUGCCGAAGAAUAAAGGUAAGGGAGGUAAAAACAGGCGACGUGGUAAGAAUGAGAACGAAUCAGAAAAAAGAGAGCUGGUGUUCAAAGAGGACGGACAAGAGUACGCUCAGGUGAUAAAGAUGUUGGGCAACGGCAGACUGGAGGCCAUGUGCUUCGAUGGUGUCAAACGGCUUUGUCACAUCCGGGGGAAACUGAGAAAAAAGGUCUGGAUAAACACAUCAGACAUUAUACUAAUAGGUCUGAGAGAUUAUCAGGACACCAAAGCCGACGUUAUUUUAAAGUACAACGCUGACGAGGCUCGCAGUCUGAAGGCCUAUGGAGAGCUUCCAGAGCACGCUAAAAUCAACGAGACCGACACGUUUGGACCUGGUGACGACGAUGAAAUUCAGUUUGAUGACAUUGGUGAUAAUGAUGAGGACAUUGAUGAUAUCUAAUUUGGGGCUUGAGCGACACUUCUCAUCUACGGUGGCUCAGAUUUACGGCGCUCACUAGCUACACGACUGCAUCACCGUUCAGUACAACCUGUUGGCUUUUAACAUAUUUAUAUUAAUUUCACACCAAGUGGAAUUUAGUGUGGAGUACAGAAUCUUUGGAUUCGCAAUAAAAACGAACAAUUGUGUGUCCUCGUCUCGUAAGCCGCAUUCUUGUAACUUUAAAAAGCUCUUGAGCUGAAAGAUUUUGGAAGUAACACUUAUUAUAUAAUAUCACACUCUAAAGUAAGUUUGUUCUUUAUUUUAAAUGCCUGUAGUUGAUCAGGAGCAGUGCGUUACAUGUAAUUGCUAGUUAAGACACCCAGUUCCUUGUUUAUUUGCUUUAGAUGUUUUUAUUUGUGAGCUUGCUGAAAGAAGUAGUGAAGGUUGAUUUUUUUUUUUUUUUUUACAGAGCUGCUGUGUAAUUAAAUGAAACCUGGUGUAUACUGGGGAUGCACCGAUACCAUUGACUCCUGAGCUGAUGCCUUGAUACUGAUGUGAUGUGAUUACUCAAAUUGAAACGAAUGGUUUGUCUUGUUUUGACGAAAACGAACCCUAAUCAUGAGAUCCAUUAUUUCCCCCCCUAAUAUUUCUAUCGGUGCAUGUCUGGCGAACCUAAAGCGACGCUCGAGUCACAUUUAAUUUCUACUUUAAACUUCAAUUACAACAAUGGAACACAUUUAUUACAGAUAUUUUUGUAUUGAAAUUCUGUGAUGCAAAAUACCUUUUCAUGAGUUGGUUGGUGAACUAGUCGGUGUAUGUCAGAAUUAACCAGGUUUACAGAAAUGUCAGUCAUUUUCCUCUGCUGCUUUUGAUUGAGACAAACCUUUAAAAACAGGUAAAUAAAAUAAAACUAAUAAAAAUGA